CUCCCAACCACUAGUUAUAUAGUGACGGAACGAUCAACGACAACCAAAAACCCCGCUUACUCCAUCUACCAGACUCUACAACUAUGAAGCCAGCAUAUUGAGUAUGACAUAACAUGGUCACAUGUUCAAUGCUUGCGGGUUGAUCCUUGUUGCGGCAUCUCAUCCAUAACAAUUCAUUUUCCCCUUUCAAAAUGCCCGAACCACAUCACAUUCAAUAACAACUGAUCACAAUGGCAAACGCUCUUCGUCGAAGAUCCCAUGCAAUUCAGCGUGCGCGAACCGGCUGCCUCACGUGUCGCGGCCGCAAGAAAAAGUGUGGUGAAGAGAAACCAACUUGUCGCGGCUGCAUCCGUAACAAGCUGGAGUGCGUUUGGCCUAAUUGCAUUACUGGAGCAAGACGCCAAAGUCAAGCAACGAAAGACGUCCCUUCUGAGUCCUCCCAAAAGUCUCCUCCUCUUCCAACACUCGAUCCGGCUCCGUCAAUAUCUUUACCAACGACCCCGGUUGAUGAAGUGAGAACUCCUGAAGACAACUCGACUACGUCAACACCGACCCUUGAUCCUACCUUCCUUGUGCAAGCAGGCGUACACGAUGAAGGCGAGACCGAUGGUCCGCAGUCGGAAUUUGUUGAUUUUGAAUUUCCAUACGUUCAUCCACAGUACGAAACGUCAAUCGUCAUCCCACAGGCCCCGUCUGUGAUGCCCCAGCUAAGCCAAGGAUCCUUCGAUCUACUAAGUCACUAUCUAUCAAGGACGGCCAACAGCAUGGGAAACGGCUCAACCGAAUCUAACCCCUUCAUAAUUCAGAUCGUUCCUCUGGCCUUUUCCAGUGAAUUAAUUUUGCGCCUGAUUCUUACACAAAGCGCCGCCCAACGUGCUCUUUCCGCACCUGAACCUGCACACGUGGAAGCAACAGAGCAUUACACCACUUCACUAGGACUCUUCCGUAGUGCUGUAGAGCAUUUUAUUGCUGGUAGCCAGACUGAUAGUCUUAUCAUUGCUGCCGGAGCACUCAUCUUGUGCUUCACUGAGACGGCAAGAGGCGAUACUCAGGGCAUUAUAUUCGAUCAUUUGACAGCUGCGCAAACGACCUUGAGCAUGAUAUCGGUAAACCCUCUUUACAGCGAGCAGCUGCUUCUCUCUCCCGAUAUCGCAAAAGAGGCUCGAGCACUCGUGGAGUCCCACUAUGUUGGCCAUCUCUGUGGAUGUUGGCUGGAAUUACUCCUCUUCAUACCGCAGAUAUUUGAACUUCGCCGCAAGAUAGUAACGACACACGAUACCACUCUCCCAAUUCAACUUGGCGCUGAUGAAAUCAUUGAGUUCUCGGAGGUUUACCACCGCAUUCUACGGUUCAUUCCAGAUAUUACCUCACGCUCCGAUACAUACCAAGCAUGUUUUGUUUUUCAAAAGGCUGUUAUUCUGUAUCACUUGACUGUUCUCGAGAACACAGUAUCACCUUCAACUGGAGCGCACCGGAAUUUAAUCAAUGACACCAUAGCAGAUUCUAUGGGCCACCUGGAAUGCAUAUCAUCUAGCUCUCGCAUCAAUACGAGUUUAUGCUGGCCACUUGCUGUCAUUGGAUCAUGUUCCGAUGAUGAAGUAACGCAAUCAUACAUUCGUACUAGACUACAGAUCAUGUCUGGAGUGGUCGGACUUGGCAACAUCGACAAAACCUUGACAUUGUUAGAGUACAUGUGGUGUCAUCCUAAUCUAGCACGGAGUCCUUGGACAAUAUGCGAUGCGAUGCAAGAGGCUGAAAUGUGGUUUUCAUUUGCAUGA